GGAGAUCGCCCCUUAUGGAUCCAGACACGACUUGACAGUGCGUCACUCAAACGCACGGGCCAAUCACCAAGAAAUUUUUGGCGGCCUCUGUGGAAGUCGCGGGCAUGUCGUCCGGAGCUCGCAGGAUAUUGCCUCUUUUCUGGGUACUUUAAAAUCGUUCUGUGUCUUGGGCCUUCCCAUCUCACAAAAGGUGAUAGUCCUCUCCAGGCUUCAGUUCUCGCUCUUUACUGAAGUCCUGUCGACCUUUCUUUUUUUUUCUUUUUUUUUUACUACCAACAGCUCGCUGGUACCGGCCGCGCGCAGACGGCACUCAUCGAGACGUUUUUACAGGGACAUGUCCCUCGGCGCCACUGUUCCCGGCUCCGAAUCUGCGCACAAUCUCACUUUCUCGCCAGCUUCGCCCGACCAUGCAAGACCCAGGACAGGAUCGAAUUAUUCGGCGGAAACUACUCUUGGAGGCAACCAUAAUAUGAGCCCUAACAAUGGCGAGUUUGAGGCGCGACCGCCAUACCUACACUCCAUGCUGGCUGGUGGCCUAGGUGGGACAUGUGGUGACAUGCUGAUGCACUCCCUCGAUACCGUCAAGACGCGCCAGCAGGGUGAUCCCCAUAUACCGCCCAAAUAUACGUCCCUGGGCUCGUCAUAUUAUACCAUCUUUCGACAGGAAGGGAUACGGCGGGGCUUGUAUGGUGGCUGGCUGCCCGCUCUGUGCGGCUCCUUUCCGGGGACGGUGCUUUUCUUUGGUACCUACGAAUUCAGCAAGAGGCAUAUGCUGGACUGGGGUGUCCAGUCGCACAUUGCCUACCUCGCAAGUGGCUUUUUCGGCGAUCUUGCUGCUUGCAUCGUCUAUGUGCCAUCCGAAGUAUUAAAAACGCGGCUACAACUCCAAGGACGAUACCAGAAUCCAUACUUCAACUCGGGUUACAACUACAAAGGUACUGUGGAUGCAGCCCGGACUAUAGUCAGGCAAGAAGGCUUUUCCGCUCUCUUCUACGGGUUCCAGGCGACACUUUACAGAGAUCUGCCAUUUUCCGCGUUACAAUUCAUGUUUUACGAGCAAAACCAAAUAUGGGCUCGGAAAUGGAAGCAGAGUCGCGAAAUAGGGCCGCAGCUGGAAUUCUUAACCGGCGCGGCUGCGGGAGGCCUGGCGGGCGCGAUUACAUGCCCACUAGACGUGGUAAAGACACGUUUGCAAACACAGCUUCAUCCCGAGGCAAUUGCUCCGGUGAAAGGGGAGAGUUCGCUCGCGGCCCAGUCAAUGCUGAACAAUCUCAAGGAACCGCCCAAGAAACACAUAUCCGAGCCAUCAGGUAACCCGGGAUCUUCGGCACAGCCACAAAAACGACUCAUUUCAACUUCAUCACCAUCUACACACACUCCUCGUGCAGGCGCGGCAGCCCUUGAGACCUCUUCCGUCCUAACCGGCCUGAAAGUCAUCUACAGGACGGAGGGCAUCGGAGGCUGGUUCAGGGGUGUCGGCCCUCGCUUUGUUUGGACUAGCGUCCAAAGCGGCUGCAUGCUUUUCCUUUAUCAAGCCGUGCUACGGCAACUAGAGACCUAUAUGCCCAUCGAGAAGCCUGAGCUGGCUUCAACAUAGGGAGAAGGCGGGGGUUUCGUCAAGACGAGAUAACUGCUUCGGAGCAUGUUGUUUUCUUGAUCUACAAAAUAAUGUGCAACUUUUGUGGAGAAUAUGGAGAGGCGUUUUCAUGGAUAGAGGGUACUAGACCGACGCAGCGCGCUAGAAAAAUCUUCGCUUUGUGAUACAUGUAUGAUUAUAAAACGGUGUAAAUUGCUCCGGUACUGAAUAGUACUACUUUCUGUUUUUCUUGAGUGAUCCAGACGUCCUGAAAUCGGCGUGUUUAACAGCUAUUGUAUAAAAACCACGAGGUACCCAUGAUUGCCGAGCAACUGAGGUACUAGAAUAGUCAGGUACCUGUUGCAAAACUCAUUGA